AUGUCAUCAGCUUCGCCCGCUCCCUUGUUAUCGGAGCCUUCUGAUGAGCUCUUGGGGCCUGCUUCGCCUGGUUCUCCCGUUCCCGCGAAGCGCACAAUGGAUCGCUCUCCCUCUGAUCGGGCUGGCAAGCGCACCAAAGGCCGUACGAACAAAAGCACUUGGAACGAGGCGCGUGGCCCUUAUGAAGAGAGAGGGGAGAAAGCUCGCGAUACCUCAUACCACGAAAUUUGUCGAGCCCGCAAGCACCUGCGGGACUUUCAUGGCAUCCGGGUGAUAGAGCAUGUGGAAAGGUCGGAUCUGAAGAAGCAGCAACGUGGCACCAUUACGGACUUGUUCGGAAGGCAGUAG